AUGGCUGUAAGCAACAAACAGGUGAUAUUCAAGAAUUAUGUGAGUGGUCUGCCCAAAGAAUCAGACAUGGAAGUAAUAGAAAGUAGUAUUCAACUGAAGGUGCCAGAGGGUACUAAAGAUGCAAUUUUACUCAAGAAUCUCUACUUGUCUUGUGAUCCUUAUAUGAGAGGCCGCAUGACGAACCUUGAAACAUUAUAUAUGCCUUCUUUCGAGCCUGGCUUGCCUCUAAGUGGUUUUGGAGUGGCCAAAGUUCUGGAUUCUACACAUCCAGAUUACGAAAAGGGCGAUUUCGUUUGGGGGAUAACUGGUUGGGAAGAGUAUAGUCUCAUAACAGCACCAGAUCAUUUUUUCAAAAUUCAACACAUGGAUGUGCCUCUUACCUACUAUACUGGACUUCUUGGUAUGCCUGGUAUGACUGCUUAUGCUGGUUUUUAUGAGGUAUGCUCCCCUAAGAAAGGAGAGUACGUCUAUGUAUCAGCUGCAUCUGGAGCAGUUGGUCAGCUUGUUGGGCAGUUUGCAAAACUGUUAGGCUGCUAUGUUGUUGGAAGUGCUGGAAGCAACAAGAAAGUUGAGUUACUGAAGAAUAAGUUUGGGUUUGAUGCUGCUUUCAACUAUAAGGAAGAGCCAGACUUGAAUGCUGCUUUGAAAAGGUACUUUCCUGAAGGCAUUGAUAUUUACUUCGAAAACGUUGGGGGAAAGAUGCUGGACUCAGUGCUGCUAAACAUGAGGAACCAUGGUCGCAUUGCUGCAUGUGGAAUGAUCUCACAGUACAACCUAGACCAUCCUGAAGGAGUGCACAACUUGGUGCCUGUUGUGUUUAAACGGGUUCGCAUUGAAGGGUUUUUGGUUAAUGAUUUCUUUCAUCUCUAUCCCAAGUUUCUAGAAAUGGUUAUACCUCACAUCAAAGAAGGGAAGAUAACAUACGUUGAAGAUAUAGCCGAAGGCCUCGAGGGUGCUCCAGCUGCUCUCGUUGGCCUAUUCACUGGUCGCAAUGUUGGGAAACAGUUGGUUGUUGUCUCCCGUGAUUGA